CUACUCUUGUGUUUACAAUCUGCUGUCGUGAAGCUUUUGCACACAUUUGACCAGUUAAUGAAAACAAACCAGCUACAUUUGCGUUAAUGCUAACAUUUUAGUUUGCGUCUCUUCCCUUUCUCUGUUUCAGAUUAAGUCACAUUUCAUAAUUUGAAUGAAUUCUUCCUGAAGCUUUUCAGUCCUUGAAGAUGUCCGAUACUUGCUCUGAACCUGCAGGAGCCAUCAAGGCCAUUGACAAGCACUCAGUGCAUCAAAUCUGCUCAGGACAGGUGGUACUGACUUUGGCCACUGCAGUCAAAGAGCUGGUGGAAAACAGCAUUGAUGCAGGGGCUACUAACGUUGAUGUCAGGCUGAAAGAGUGUGGAGCUGAACUAGUGGAAGUGUCGGACAAUGGCAAAGGGGUAGAAGAGGCCAACUUUGAAGGACUGACAUUGAAGCAUCACACGUCAAAGCUGAGGGAUUUCUCUGAUCUCAUCCGUGUGGAGACAUUUGGCUUCAGAGGAGAGGCCCUCAGCUCUUUAUGUGCUCUGAGUGGCCUGAGUGUGGUGACAUGCCACGAGUCCAGCCAGGUGGGGACCAAGCUGGUGUUUGACCACAAAGGCCACCUAGUGCAGCGGUCUCCCCAUCCCCGGCAGCAAGGCACCACAGUCAGCCUGCAGCAGCUCUUCUACACCCUGGCUGUUCGACACAAGGAGUUCCAACGCAACAUAAAGAAGGAGUAUGCCAAAAUGAUACAUGUGCUGCAGUCCUACUGUGUCAUCUCUACAGGAGUGCGCAUUACCUGCUCCAACCAAAAUGGGCAGGGAAAGCGCAGCACAGUCCUCAGCACCAGUGGCAGCCAGAGUAUGAGAGACAACAUAGGGGCCAUAUUUGGACCAAAACAGCUGCAGAGUCUUAUACCUUUUCAGCAAGUGUCUCCUGCAGAAAAUGUUAUUGAAGAAUAUGGACUCAAAGAUGCAGAUCUACCGAAGCAGCUUUUUUGCAUGGCGGGGUUCGUGUCACGGGGAGACCACGGUGUUGGGAGAAGUGCCACUGACAGGCAGUUCUUUUUCAUUAACAACCGGCCUUGUGAUCCUCUGAAGGUGACCAAACUUGUGAAUGAAGUGUACCACAUGUACAACAGACAUCAAUAUCCAUUUGUCGCCUUGAACAUAGCUGUUGCCUCUGAGUGUGUGGACGUGAACGUAACCCCGGACAAACGACAGAUCUUCCUUCAGGAGGAGAAACUCUUGCUGGCGAUUCUAAAGACAUCUCUCAUCAACAUGUAUGAGGCUGGAGUCAAUAAGAUCAGCCUGAACUAUACACUCAUACCCAGAACCAACACAAAGUCUGCGUCCGAAAUCUGUCCUGUCGUCCCGUCUAAUGAGAACAUGCCAGAACCCGGAGAGGACAUGGAACCAGUAUCUCGGAGCUCAAAGUUGGCCGGCCUAAAAGCUGCUUUUUCAAGUCAUCACAGCUCCAAUUCUGGGGACAAGUCAAGUGUGGCAAAAGCUGCCAACAGUGGCCCAACGCAGAAAACACUGCAGUCUUUUUUUAAGGACGCCGUCAAACCUCCUGUAACAUCGCCUUUGAAACCCGUAGGCGAUCUAGCUAAACGCCCCCCUGUGGGAGAGUCGGUGCUCGAUGGGUUCAGGUACGGAAGGAUGUCAUGCAGCGGUACGGACUCUGAAAAAGACAGCGCCUUGUCGGAUCGUGACGCCACGGUGGCAACACCAGAUAUUCAGUGUUCCGGCCUGGAGGUCUGUUCCCCUGAACCGACUGACGGCGUAAAAAAAGAAGCGUUGGAAGAAACGCCGGAGACUAGUCACACUGCUCCUGAGCACCCGGAGGUACAGACCGAGCCGUGCACUUCCAAUAAGGACCGUGCUGCGAGCCCAGAUGCCAAGAGGGCCAGGACAGAGAAGCCGCGUUUCCCAGCUGAACACAAGUCCGACACUUCUUCGAGAUCCUCCCCGACGGUGGAUGCUCCGGUGUGCCUACAGAAGAGGACGGUGCCCCUCCAGUUCUCUUUACAAGAGCUGGCGGGGAAGGUGAGGAGGCUACAGGACCUGCAGAAACAGAGGGCCGGGGAGGAUCUGCUCUAUCGACGCUUCAGGGCCAAAAUCAACCCCGGAGAAAACCAGAGCGCGGAGGAUGAGCUCAAGAAAGAGAUCAGUAAAGACAUGUUCAAAGAGAUGGAGAUCAUCGGCCAGUUCAACCUGGGCUUCAUUAUCACCAAACUCAACUCUGACAUCUUCAUGAUUGACCAACAUGCCACAGAUGAGAAAUACAACUUUGAGAUGCUGCAGCAGCACACCGUGCUCCAAGGACAGAAACUCAUCGUCCCUCAGAAGCUUCACCUCACCGCUGUCAGUGAAAACGUCCUCAUGGAGAACAUUGAGAUUUUCAGAAAGAAUGGCUUUGAAUUUCUUGUCGACGAGGACGCUCAGGUGAUGGAGAGGGUUAAGCUGGUAUCUCUGCCCACCAGUAAAAACUGGACAUUUGGCCCAGCCGACAUCGAAGAGCUGAUCUUCAUGUUGAGUGACAGCCCAGGGGUCAUGUGUCGACCGUCUCGCGUCAGGCAGAUGUUUGCCUCCCGAUCUUGUCGAAAAUCUGUGAUGAUUGGCACUGCUCUGAGUGUUGGUGAGAUGAAGAAGCUCCUGGUCCACAUGGGGGAGAUUGACCAUCCAUGGAACUGUCCUCACGGCAGGCCCACCAUGAGACACCUCGCCAACCUGGACCUCAUCUCACAAGACUGACCACGUUGGGAGAAUCUCACUUUACAUGUGCUUAAUAUAACUGGAGUGUUGCAUUAACAGAAGGGUCCAAAUCAUAGAUACUGUAUUUGUGUGUGGUUGAAAUGCUUGUUAUUGACUGUUUGGUAUGUUUUUAAUAUCUGUUAUGCUCGAUUAUUAUUUUUGCAUCAUAAAAUUUUAUAUUUUUUUUUUAUAUUUUAACACCCAAUGAAUAGGGUAAAUAAACCUGAUAUGUCACUCUGUUAUCUAUAUUGUUAAAUGAGUGGUACUCUGUUAGUAAUAGAUGCGGGUGUCACGGUAUUAC